AAAACGGAUAAAAGUCAAGCAGAUAAUCUGUCAGUCGUCAACUCAGUCAAGACGAUAGAAAAGAAUAUUUUUUGUUAUUUUGGGGUUUAAAUCAUUAAUUAAAACAUUUAAUAUGAUUCCGGAGAAUAUAUUCUAGGCGAAGAAAUUUACAUCUUUAAGUAACAAAAAAAGAAUAAUAAGAUAUUAAAUAAAUAAAGCAAUUAUUUAAAAUGGCAUCUGAUCAGAGAUCAAUUUCUGGCAGUCAUUCUGUUCCAUUUAGCAGAGACUCUGUAGACGCCUUUCAGGAUAUGACUGCUUUCACUCCUCCACCUGAUAGUUGGCUAGCUCGUUAUCCGAAAACUGUAAACACACAAACAUCCAAGAAAGAAGAUAAGACAUCGUCAUCAUCAUCAUCAUCAGUAACAACAAAAACAACAACCGAAAAGAAAGAUAUUAGUCACACGAAGAAAUUUAAAGUACCAGAAGCAAAUCAGUUGGACGAUACUUGCAAGAGAUACAUAGAAACAAGUGAAAUUCCAAUAAAAUCAAAUAAAUCUCUUGGAACUGACGAUCAUUUCAAGUCUGCUGUUUGCUCAAAGAAUCUUUUAAAAGCUUGCGAGAAACUUAUGACAAAAAGGGAUUAUUUGGGUUCUGCUAGUGAAUUAAAUGACGAUGACUUUGAUGCAGAACUUUCAUUGAUGAACGAACAGAGUCGUAUGGAAUUUUAUAGACACAAAUACGGAAAUAGACGUGAUUCACAAUCUUUACCAGCAUCGCCAAGAAUGGAACGAAAAACUCAAGGAGCCGUUACUCACAAUCCAUACUUUACAGUUACAAAACAAGAAGCAUCAAGACCUGAUACGAGCAUAUCUUUCUUGGCUAAUCUUUUUGGAUUAACGGCUGUUAAGCCAAAAGAAGCUCAAGCUAAUCUUGCUCAAAAAUAUGAAUCCACAAAUGCUUCAAUGUUUAAUGGAGGUGACAAACAACAACAGCAGGGAACUAAAAGCAGUCGCCAAAUGACACCUAAUCCACAUCCUUAUCGUGAAAUGAAUAUUUUUUCUCCUACAUCCAUGUAGAAUGUUUAUCUGAACUUUCUGUCUUUUUUUCUUAUAUUUUUCAGUAUAUCCAACCUGUGAAAUAUUUCAAAAUUAUUAUUUUUUUUUGUUUCUACCUUAUAUCCACUAUACUUAAUCAAUCACAGCAGUUCGAAACAUAUUUAACUUUCCAAUUCUUUAAAGUAAUAUAGUAGUAUUAACAGUUAUUAUUUUUGAUUUGUAGAAGUAGAAGACGAUUUCGGUAAAGACAUUUUUAUUACUGUGUAAAUAUGUUUUAAUUGUGUACGAAACUAUGGA